AUGUCUGCUACUAUUAUCAGUGACCCUAUGGUGGUCUCGGCACCAGAAACACAAGCUACAGCCGCAGCAACGACAGCAACAAAACUCAUUGCACAAAUUGAGGUUGAGUCUGCCAAAUGUGAUUGCUGUGGCCUAACCGAAGAGUGCACGCCGGCAUACAUUGAAAGAGUACGCGAAAGAUAUCAUGGAAAAUGGAUUUGUGGGUUAUGUGCAGAGGCUAUAAAAGAUGAAAUUGUAAGGACUGAGAGGCUUAUUAGUACUGAAGAAGCAAUGGCAAAGCACAUGAACUUCUGCCAGAAGUUUGUUUCCUCAGGGCCACCUCCUGAUCCAACAAUUCAUUUGAUAGCUGCCAUGAGACAAAUUCUUAGAAGAAGCUUGGAUUCACCGAGAGGUUUAAGGUCAACUCCAAGUAGUCCUACCAAAACGAAGGGAGCAAUUCGUGCUGCUGCACUUACUAGGUCCGAAAGUUGCUUCCCUACUUUGACUGGUUGA